UCAGCACUCAGUGAGUCUACACACUCAUCCAGCAUCAAUAUUCGUCCUCUGAGCUACUUUGAGGAUGUGACAGCAGCUGUGUCAGAGACCAGAGAUAAACUACAGGACAUUCUGAGAGAGGAAUGGACAAACAUCUCACUGACAGUCACUGAAGUGGAUGUUUUACUGUCACUACCAGCGCCAAAGACCAGACCUGAAUUCUUAAAAUAUUCAUGUGACAUCACACUGGAUCCAAACACAGCAAACAGAUAUCUGUUAUUGUCUGAAGGAAACAGAAAAGUAACAGUAACAAAACAACCAUUACAUUCUGAACAUUCAGAUAGAUUCACCUUUUGGUAUCAGGUCCUGAGUAGAGAGAGUUUGACUGGACGUUGUUACUAUGAGGUGGAGUGGAGUGGGAAAGCGGGAAUUUAUGUAGCAGUUGCUUACAAAAAUAUCAGUAGAGUAGGGCGCUCAGAUGAAAGUGGAUUUGGAUGGAAUGACAAAUCCUGGGCUUUAAGUUGUAAAACAGAGCGUUAUCAGUUUUUGUACAACAAAAACAAAACUCGCCUCUCAGGUCCUCGGUCCUCCAGAGUAGGAGUGUACCUGGAUCACAGUGCAGGUAUUCUGUCUUUCUACAGCGUCUCUGAAACCAUGACUCUCCUCCACAAAGUUCGGGCCACAUUCACUCAGCCGCUCUAUGCCGGACUUUUUCUUUUUGACUGUGGUGUUACUGGCGAGUUUAGUAAACUUAAAUAGAAGGCUUUUUUGGUUUUAACCUUGUUAAUCAUGUUAUGUCUACAUGAAGACUGCAUGCUGUUUUGGGACCAAAUAUAAUGUUGAAGCAGAUGCUUUGAGUUCUUCUGAAAUGAUGUGAUGGUAUAGUUUAUCUGGUAUAGUGUGCUACAGCUGCACUCUUUACAACACUGUCAGCAUUUACUGCAAGCAUGUGUGUCAAUAUAUGCAUUACAACUAAGUAGACAGUAGUAAAGUGACUUCAUAAUACUCAACAAACCAUCGUUCUCUCCUCAACUCCAACAUCUUCGUAAGGCCGAGGAGGAUGCCUACGCAAGUGGUGACAGGGCCCUGUACAAGCAGGCCAGGAACACACUGACCGGGGUGAAAGCAGCUGAAAGGAUCUACUCCCAGAAGCUGAAAGAACAGCUCUCAACCAACAACCCUGCGUCAGUGUAGAGGGGCCUGCUGGAAAUCACCAAAUACAGACGUCCCCCACCCCCUGUUGAAGCAAACAAAGACCUGGCCAAUGAGUUGAAUACAUUCUAAUGCAGGUUUGAGACGGACAGACUCCCACACCUCACCCUCCCCUCCCCAGAGACAUUUUUUCAGACAUUGACCCCCAACACCUUCCCCCCUCCCACCUCACGUUCCCCAAUGCAGAAUCAACGUCCACCACCACCCUCCCCAAUCCAGAUUCAACGACCACCACCACCCUCCCCAAUCCAGAUGCAACGACCACCACCACCCUCCCCAAUCCAGACUCAACGACCACAACCACCCUCCCCAACCCAGACUCAACAACUACCAUCACCCUCCCCAAUCCUGUCUCAACGACCUUCAUCACUGCUCUCACCCCCCUUUCUUUCUCCCUGAAACUCAGAAUACACACUCAGGAUGUGAGCUGACUGUUUCAGAAACAGAAGUCCAGGAAAGCCCCCGGACCAGACGGUGUUUCACCCUCCUGCCUCAAAACCUGUGCUGAACAGCUGGCUCCCAUCUUUACUCGCAUCUUCAAAAGAUCCCUGGAGUUGUGUGAAAUUCCCUCCUCCUUCAAACACUCCACCAUCAUCCCGGUCCCCCAAGAAACCCACCAUUACAGGACUGAAUGACUACAGACCUGUCGCCUUGACGUCU